UUUUAUUUGUCACUUGUAGCGAUCUCGCUGAUCGAUCUUUCUGAGGCCGAUUAGUUUGCUUUGCCUGUCAUUCAGACCGUAAAAAUCAAACACAGAACUGCGACCUGCCCGUUCUUUCUGUUGACGUGGUAACUAUCAGUUUGUGUGGGAAUUCUCCAGAUAUUCAUGAGGAGAAGUUGGCAAAACUGUGCCACUAAAAGCGAAAAGUCAUGCUUGACUUUGCCAUAUUUGCUGUCACGUUUGUCAUCAUUUUGGUUGGUGCUGUUCUCUAUUUGUACCCGUCAUCCAGAAGGGCCUCUGGUAUCCCAGGUCUCAAUCCUACAGAUGAGAAGGAUGGGAACCUGCAGGACAUUGUGAACAGAGGCAGUCUGCAUGAGUUCCUGGUCAGCCUUCAUCAGCGGUUUGGCUCUGUGGCCUCGUUCUGGUUCGGGGGUCGGCCGGUGGUCAGCCUGGGCUCCGUGCACCAGCUCCGGCAACACAUCAACCCCAACCACACCACUGACUCCUUUGAAACGAUGCUGAAGUCUCUGUUGGGUUACCAGUCAGGAACGGGAGGCGGGGCCACAGAGAGCGUGAUAAGGAAAAAGGUUUACGAGAGUGCCAUCAACAACACGGUGGAGAAAAACUUCCCCCUGGUGCUAAAGCUGGUGGAGGAGCUAGUGGGAAAGUGGAAGUCCACCCCAGAGUCUCAGCACACCCCUCUGUGUGCCCACCUGCUGGGUCUGGCCAUGAAGACCGUCACCCAACUGGCUCUGGGCGAGAGCUUCACGGACGACUCCGAGGUCCUCUCUUUCCGCAAGAACCACGACGCGAUCUGGUCAGAAAUUGGUAAAGGCUACUUGGACGGCUCCCUUGAGAAAAGCUCCAGCAGAAAAGCACAUUAUGAGAAGGCUCUGUCAGAGAUGCAGUCCGUGCUGCUGUCAGUGGCGAAGGAGAGGAAGGCUCAGGGGAAGCAGGCGGCAUUUGUGGACGCUCUGCUUCAGUCCAGCCUCACAGAGCGACAGAUCAUGGAGGAAUGCAUGGUUUUCACUUUGGCCGGGUGUGUCAUCACUGCCAACUUGUGUAUCUGGGCACUUCACUUCCUGUCCACCUCAGAGGAUGUUCAGGACAAACUGUACCAGGAGCUGGACCAGGUUUUGGGUUCGGACCCGAUUUCAUUAGACAAAAUCCCUCAGCUCAGAUACUGCCAACAGGUCCUGAACGAGACGGUGAGGACCGCCAAGCUGACCCCCGUCGCUGCGCGGCUGCAGGCAGUGGAGGGCAAGGUGGAUCAACAUGUCAUCCCCAAAGAGACUUUGGUCAUCUACGCUUUAGGAGUCGUCCUGCAGGACUCUGAGACCUGGAGCACGCCAUACAGGUUUGACCCGGAUCGAUUUGAGGAGGAAUCAGUGAGGAAGAGCUUCUGUCUGCUUGGAUUCUCAGGGAAUCAAACAUGUCCAGAACUCAGGUUUGCCUACACGGUCGCUACUGUCCUGCUCAGCACGUUGGUGCGGCAGCUGAAGCUUCACCCGCUGAAGGGACAGGUGAUGGAGGUGCGAUCUGAGCUGGUGUCCACGCCUAAAGAGGAAACCUGGAUCACCGUCAGCAGAAGAAACUAGAAAUAAUCUCUGAAAGAAAAGCUGAAAAGUCCUAUUUGUAAAAAGUAGUACAGCUAAGUAUUUCUUGAAUGCUGCAGAUCUAGUCUGCUACUUACGUAUGUCUUUUUAGAUAUCAUGGUAGUUUACACUUAUUGAAUUAAAGCCUUCUUUACAAUAAUGACUGCAGGCUUUUUCCUAACCUGCCAGAAUUGUUUGAUAUAAAGUCAUAGUUGCACUACCCUUGCAUUUCCAUACUCCGGUGCUCUUCUUUUUUUACAGCAUUCUGUCUGAGGCCUUAAGCACAUUAGUACCUUGUGUAUUCACAGGUCAAAUUUGCACUUGUUAAGAUGUGUUAAAGUAGGGGAAGCUUGAUGAUUUAAUACUCUACAAUACAGAGAAAAACAACUUGUUCUUCCAAAAGUUUUUCUAUAAUUCCUAAUCAUGCCUUGAGUCAAAAUCCCCAAUAACAUGGGGCGUGUUUGGAUAUGGCCCAUAUGGCACUUACACAUUUCUUUUCUUUUUAGACACAAAUGCAACUUGAAUAUUAUUAAAUAUGUGUAAAGGUU